UCACAAUCGUAAGUGGGUGUGCAAGAGAAACAGCGCUCUCUCACAUUAUUCGGAGAUUUCGUUCCCAAAAGCUUCCGUUAACUUCAGCGCUUCCAAAAAAAAAAACAAAAAAAAAAAACAGGCGCAGCACCCGGAAAUGAGUGCGUAACGCGGGUCUGAUGAUCUUGACGCUGUUUCGGUGGAUUUUCAAGCACAGAGAUUCAACACAAUAACGACCUACGAGUGCAAGUAGAAACCAGAGAGACUCCGUUAUUGUGCUUGCAAUGAGAAACAUGAGCAUUCGGAACGGCACUGCGGAAAAUGGAGCCUUAGAUCUAGACAUUAUAAACGAGUACCUUUUGGAGAAAACAACCAAAGAGCCGAGUCAGCCGAGGCUCCCUGGUCCUCCUCCUCCACCUGCGGACCAAGACAUCCAGCCAGUUGAUCCACCAUGUAGAAGCAGGAGGAGCGCUCCACAGUUGGUCUCCAGAGGAUUAGCUCCACAAAAUCCGUUCAGCUUUGACCAGGUCCCAACCGUGAAAACUCCUGAAAUUGCAUCAAUGCAUCCCUUGCGAGGCCACAAAGGGUCUCCUCAGCGACGGGGACAGGCAUCUGUAGCACCCCAGUGUCUUCAUCCUCAGCAGUCUGGGACAGAACAUCUGGAGCGCUUCCUGGAAAAGCCUGAGAUGGUGGUGGUGGAGCAGCCAAAGGAGCGUGGCAUGCGAUUUCGCUAUGAGUGCGAAGGACGAUCAGCGGGUAGCAUCCUUGGAGCCUCCAGCACUGACGCCAGCAAAACUCUACCUGCUAUUGAAAUUAAAGGCCCCAUUGACAAUAUCAAGAAAGUGAUGGUCACUGUGUCUCUCGUGACAAAAGACAUCCCGUACAGGCCACACCCACACUGCUUGGUUGGGAAAGACUGUUCGGAUGGCAUCUGUGUCAUCCACAUCAAUCCUCACAGCGCUCGUCGACACAGCUUUGCAAAUCUGGGCAUCCAGUGUGUGCGGAGGAAGGAACUUGAUGCCUCACUGCAGAAGAGGAGGAAUAAGAAUAUUGAUCCUUUUAACACGGGCCACUCUAAGAGCAUUGAAGACAUGGACAUGAACGUUGUGAGACUGUGUUUCCAGUGUGAGCUGGAACGAAAGGACGGGGAAAGAAUCCCCCUCGCCCCUGUGGUUUCCAACCCAAUCUACGACAAGAAGGCGACCACAACAGCAGAGCUGAAAAUCAAUCGGCUUAAUGUGGUCAGAGGCCCCUGCACAGGAAAGACUGAAAUCUACAUGCUCUGUGACAAAGUGCAGAAAGAUGACAUCGAGAUAAUCUUCAGCACGGAGGACUGGGAGGGCAAGGCGGAGUUUGCUCAGACGGACGUCCACAGACAAAUCGCCAUUGUCUUCAAGUCCCCACCAUUCAGGGAGCAGAAUAUAUCUGAGGAGGUGGAGGUCAGCGUGUGUCUACGCCGCAUAUCUGACCGCAUGGACAGCGAGCCAGUCAAGUUCACGUAUGUUCCAGACAACGCAGAUCCCUACGGAGUGAACCGCAAGAGAAAAAUCAAAUCGGAUGUCAAGUUCAGCGAGCCAUGCAGCAGUCAAGACCUCAUUGUGAACGAGCCUGGCAUGUCACAGCAUUUUGAUCCAUUCUACACUCUUCCCGAUUGUACCGUUCCCAAUGUUCAGGAUCGAGGCAUCCACAUGUUAACCCAGGGCAUGGAGGAAAUCCACUAUAAUGAAGACUUUAAACAAGAGGACGGUUGCAUUAGCAUGGACCCAGAGGCUUUAGAAACCUUCUUCCAAGGCUUGGCUCAGCCAGGUUCAGAGCAUUUUUUAUUAAACCAGAUCCUUGAUUUAAACUUCGGUUUAGACGGCACAGAUACGAACUCAAACGUCAACCAAUCUAUGUUGAACAUGGCGUCUAUAAAUGAUGUGCAAUUCAGUCAGAUGGUGAAUGAGAAUCAGGCCUAUCCAGCCGAUUUGGAGAACAUCGAAGGCCUCAUUUUCCCCUCGGUGAAGAGCGAGAAUGACCUGGACCAUUGAAAACCACUGUGGACUUUUGGAUUUUGGAUAUACAGUCGCUGCUGACUAGAAAAUCAUUCCGAACCAGGAAAAGACUUAGUCAAUUGUUAUUGACUAAAAAACCUGUUCAGCUGGCACUAUGACUUCCAGUUAGGUAAUAAGUGUAUACAAAUGAAGUAAAUCACCUGCUCAGUCACUGGUCUUGAAAAUGGACGGUAAACUGAGGCUGAUGACAGCCAACGAAAGGUAGGAGGAGCAGGUAGCCACUGCAUUUUCUUGUAAAAAGGGAGCUAUAUAUGCUGCUCAACUGCUUCUAUUGUGCCAGUUAUGAAAUGUGUCUGUCAUUUUCUAAUUUAUUGUGUGGGUUUUAAGAGCAGAAGAGAUAAGUAGAGUAAAUGGUCCCAGACCCAAAUUCACGUCAAUAUUUAAAUGUUACACAUAACAUGAUAUAUGUUUUGAACAUUUCUGAACAGUUCAACUGUUGAGGAAUUUCAAUUAACAGCAUUAAGGAGACCAAAUUAGACAUGAUUCUGAAGUAGCAGUUGGAUUUAUUCAUGUAAUUCAUAUCAAUCUGACACCAUGAUUUUUCAUUUCUUUCAUGUAAUCAUCAACAAUUAAAAUCCCCCACCAAAUCUUCUGUCGUUGGUAAUUCCUGAACAAAAACAUAGUUUGUUAUCGUGAAAUCUGGUAAACAGUACAUCACUAUGCUAAGCUGUGGGGGUUCGUUCACACAAAACGCGUUUUUGCAUUCUCCGUUGCAUUUCUAUUGUUUUUCUCAGUAAACAAGCGCUAGAUGGAAGCUUGAACGUUGUUUUCGUGGCUUGCAUCUUGUGCAUGGCGUAAUGUUCUGAAAACAUGCCGAAGUUCAAAGCCGGUUAACUUAUAUAGAUAUUGUUUUUUAUCUCAUGUUUUUAAAUGCAAAAACACGUUCUGUGUAAAUGUCCCCUUAACUUGCUAACCAAACUUUCAGUUUUCUAACUGAAAACACAAAGAAAGGGAAAUGUUUAAUUGUUUAAUGGCGCAGUGGAUAAGACACAUGCCUUUGGUGUGAGAGACCCGGGUUCGAAUCCACUGUGAGACACCAAUGUGUCCCUGAGCGAGACACUUAACCCCUAGUUGGUCCAGAGGCGUGCGACCUCUGACAUAUAUGGCAAUUGUAAGUCGGUUUGGAUAAAAGCGUCAGCUAAAUGAAUAAAUGUAAUGUAAAUGACAUCUCUUAUUAGGCACCAAAUAGAGUAACCAUUAAAAAAUGGUGUGUCAAUGGAAUCACUUUGGCGUGGAUACUGUUGGGGACUCGUUUUUUUGCAUGACAGCGAACAUGACAUGAUUGGUUUCCGAGUAGUCAGCAGCUAUCAUGCAACUAAACUUCGGCAAUUUAAUCUCUGUUAAUGUGAACACACCUCAAACAGUUUGUGAAGAGCAAUAUGAUCAUUUGUCAGGUUAGCCUUGCCCAUGGAGAAAUUUUAAUUGGUCUAAAAUUUCAUAUUAGUUGUAUAUUAAACAUUAAAUGUGUUCUGAUUGGCUGCAUCUUAGCUUUAAGUCUUGUCUGGUUACGUCAUGCUGUGAAGUUAAACAACUAAAAUGAAUGUAGUCAAAAAGAUUUUAGCGCUUUUUUCUGUGUUUUAACUACAUUUAAUUACUUAUGAACGUUGAAGGAAGCUGGAUUCAUGAUCUUGAUCAUUGGAAAGCAUUUCGUCCAUUUGUAUACUCGUAUAUAAUGUCAGUAAUACUGCUGUGAUUCUCAUUGUUUUGUGUGAAAAUCCAUUAGUUGCUUGCAAAUAUUGCCGCUUUCUGCUUCUCUAAUAGUAUCCUUUUGCUGUUGAUAUUAAAAGUGUGUUUUGGAAAAUGAA